AUGAAGAAACGCAUCAGCAACGUUCUCUCACAGAAGACUUCUACCACAACAACAACAGUGAAGAAGGACUCCUCGGCGGAAGUGGUAGCAACUGGAAGUAAACCAACUACAAAGAAAUCAACAACACCUUCCAAGAGUGUUGUUACAAAGAAUACAAGUUCUGAAAAACCAUCUGUUGUGGAAGAAAAAAGAACAAUCAUGCCAACAAUGAAUGAAUUUGAUAUGGAUGAACAAUAUUUUGAUGAUGCUGAACAACCAUCAACAAGUCAACUUGCUCCAUCAUUGGAUUUUUCUGAUAGUGAUGAUGAUUUGAGUGAUUCCGAUAAUGAUGAACAAAUUGUGAAAGGAUCCAAUGGUGCUGCUUCCAAAAAGAGUGGAACUAAAAAAGCUACUACAGAAAAUUCACCAUCUUUUACUGAUUUGGGUAUUUCAUCAUGGUUAGAAGAACACUUAAGCAAACUUCAAAUUAACAUGCCAACAGUAAUUCAAGAAAAGUGCAUUCCACCAACACUUGCAGGAAAGAAUGUUAUUGGUAUGUCUCAAACUGGUAGUGGUAAAACAGCUGCAUUUGCACUUCCAAUUAUUCAAAAUUUAGCAAAGGAUAUGUAUGGAAUUUAUGCUCUUAUCAUUACACCUGCAAGAGAAUUGGCCAUUCAAAUUAAGCAACAUUUUGAAAUUUUAGCAGGUGAUUUACCAAUUAGAGUUGCAUUACUUGUAGGUGGUAUGGAUUAUCUUAAACAAGCCCACUUAUUAGAUAGCUCUCCACAUAUUGUAGUUGGUACACCUGGUAGAAUUGAAGAUGCCAUUAGAACGUUUAAUAAUGAUGGAUAUUUCAAAAAGAUUAAAUAUUUGGUAUUCGACGAAGCAGAUAGAAUAUUUUCAAUGGAUUAUUCAUUAGAUUUAGAUAGAAUUUUGAGUGUUUCAAAUCCAAAAAGACAAACAUUAUUAUAUUCUGCUACAAUGAAUAAUCAGGUUAAAAAACUUGCUAAAAUGGCAAUGAGUAAUAGUGGAAAAACGAAGGAAGAAAGGGAACAGAGUCUCUAUAUUUAUGAUGCUUGUAAAUUGUUCCAAUUGGCUGAUAAUUUAUCUCAAUAUUACUUGUUCAUGCCUGAACAUGUUAAAGAUGCCUACUUUGUUCAAUUAAUCAAUUCAUUACCAGAUAAUUCGAUAUCUAUUGUAUUUUUCUCAGAUAUUACUCAAUGUGAAUUAAUGAAUCAAACUUGCAGAUUGUUGGGAAUUAGUUGUGAUUCUCUUCAUGCAUCUAAAUCACAAAAAGAAAGAUUUGCCGUAUUGAAAUAUUUCAGAAAGAGAAGACUCAAGUUUUUAUUCUGUACAGAUGUUGCUAAUAGAGGUUUAGAUAUUCCAGCAGUUGGUUAUGUUAUUAAUUAUGAUUUACCAGACACCACUGAUAAGUAUGUUCACAGAGUUGGUAGAACAGCUAGAGCUGGAAGACUUGGUGUGUGUAUUUCACUCAUUUCACAAUUUGAAGUUAAACGUAUUAAAGCCAUUGAAUCUGAUACUGAUGUUCAAAUGGCUAAAUACGAACCUUUUGAUGAAGAACAAGCUGAAUCUGAAGAACAUCUCUUAAGUGUUGCUGAACAGAAAUGUAAGGCAAAGAUUACACUCUUAGAUUCUGGAUUUUAUGAUAGAUUCGAGAAGGUUAAAUCCAAACAACAACUCACAGCAGAUUUGAGAAAACAAGCUCAAAUUUUCUUUGAAAAGAGAUCGAUGGAUCAACUUAAACAAAAUUCUGGAAGGUGGAAGGAUAGAUUCAAUGAUAUUACAUCAUCAACAACUGAUAAUAAUAGUGAAAAUAUUAAUACAACCAGAAGUUUUGAAGCUACUGAUACUACUACUAAUAAUAAUAACUCAACAAGAAGCAAUGAAAAUAGUUUAAAGAGAAAGGAAACACAAGAUGUUAAUCUAUUCGGAGCCAAUAAUAACGUUGUCAUUUCAACUAAGGUCAGAGAACAAACAUCUUCACAACAAGAACCAAAAGUCAUUGAAAAGAUUAUUGAAAAGACAAUAGAAAUACCAGUAGAAAAGAUAGUUGAAAAGAUAAUAGAAAAACCGUGUGCAACAAGUCAAUCCAACGAUAAUAACUUGUCCAAAUUUUCAGAAUUUUUAAAAAAUGAUCAAUUAAAAGCAAUUGAAUUGACUAAACAAAUUGCUAGUGGAAAUGUUAAAAAUCCAGCAGUUCAUUUAGUAACUCAAUUAUUUGGAAAUAUGGAAAAUGAUCAUUAUGUGGAUAUGUUGGCAGCAAUUCAAUUAAAUCUUUUCAAUCCAUUUGUUGAAAAAGUUCACCUCCUUCAAGAGAAUGAUGCAAACGAUCAAGAUUUAAAGAAAUUAAUUGGACAAGAAAAACUUGUCAUUCACAUGCUAGGUCAUCGUAUUACAGUUGGUGAUUUUAUGAGAUAUUGUAAUGAAAAAUUACCACAAAAAAUUGUAGGACUCAUUAAUACUGAUGUUUAUUUUGAUAAUACCCUGGUUGAGUUACAUAGAAUGCCACAUCAAACUGCAUAUGUUAUUUCAAGAAAGGAAACUCUAGUUGGUAAUAAGCCAGAUCCAAUUAAUAAUAGAGAUCAAUGUGGUGGUUAUCAAGGUUCACAUGAUGCUUUCAUUUUCAGGAAUAAGGAUAAAUUUGGAGAUUCAAUCAUUGACAAGUUGAAUAAUAUUAAUUUGGGAUAUAUGGGUACUGAAAAUGUUAUUUUAUAUUAUUUGAAACGUGAUUCUAAUAGAUUUAGAAUUUCAAAUCCAUGUUAUGCUGUUAAUUUAUUCCACUUGCAUAGAAAUAGAUCAGAGAAGGAGGUUAAAAGAAUUAAUGGUGGAGGUAUUUCUGAUACACAGGACCCAUCAGGAAAUUUUUAA